AUGAAUUUAGGAUGGAAUGGCAAUGGAUUAAGAUUAUUUAAAAAAAUUAUACAACCUUUCCAGUAAAUGAACAUUUUAAAAGAAUAUUCAGAAACUUAGAGAUCCUAUUUUUCAGUAGGAUUUUUAUCAUAAAAAAUAUUGUUUUGUGUCAAAUCCAAUUCAUUACUACUUUGGACAUCUGAUGAAGUUGCUUUUAUAUUAAACUUCAAGAGUUACUCGUUUUAUGCAUGA